AAGUAUCGAUCAAGUAAAGAAGAGUGAGAAGAAGAGAGAUCAUGGCGACUACUCCAAAAUGGAUCAUGAUGGGAGGAGAAGGUCCUGAGAGUUACAACCAGAAUUCCUCGUAUCAACGAGCAUUGUUGGAAGCAGCAAAAGAAAAAAUGAACGAGGAAAUCUCAGCCAAACUCAGCCUCGACUUGAUUUCUGAUCGAUUCACUGUAGCGGACUUUGGUUGUGCCAGUGGGCCUAACACUUUUGUGGCGGUCCAAAACAUAAUAGAUGCUGUAGAAGACAAGUACCGCAAAGAAACUGGACUAAACCCGGCAGACAUCGAGUUCCAAGUCCUCUUCAACGAUUUUACAACCAACGAUUUCAACACUCUCUUCCAGUCACUUCCUUCGGGAAGAAGAUACUAUAGCGCCGGGGUUCCGGGUUCCUUCUUCGACCGUGUUCUUCCUAAAGAAAGUUUCCACAUAGGAGUCAUCAAUUACGCAUUUCACUUCACCUCCAAAGUCCCUAAAGGGAUCACAGACCGUGACUCACCCCUAUGGAACAAAGAUAUGCAUUGCACUGGCUUCAACCAAGCGGUCAAGAAAGCCUAUCUUGAUCAGUACUCGGCCGACGCCAAGAACCUAUUGGACGCUAGAGCUGACGAACUAGUCCCCGGGGGAUUGAUGUUGCUUUUCGGAUCGUGUCUAAGAGACGGAGUUAAGAUGUCCGAGACCAGUAAAGGAAUUGUGUUGGAUAUUGUUGGAGCUUCUCUUAAUGAUCUUGCUCAACAGGGUAUCAUCGAACAAGAAAAGGUGGACUCAUUCAGCACGCCACUCUAUUUCGCAGAAGAAGGCGAGUUGAAGCAAAUCAUAAAGGAAAACGGGAGAUUCACAAUCGAGGCUUUUGAAGAUAUCAUUCAUCCAAAGGGAGAGUUUACGUUAGACCCCAAGAUCUUGGCCGUUUCUUGCAGGGCCUCCUUUGGAACUUUUCUAUCCAUACAGUUUGGAGAGGAGGUCAUUACGAAGGCCUUUGUGCUCAUCGAGGCCAAGGCACGCGAAGAGCUUCCUCGCCUCCAGAAUGCUAAACCUGGAAUGCAGUACCUCAUCGUGCUCCGCAAGAAGUGA